AUGACUUCCCGGGGUCGUUGCACGUUAGUGCUACUUUCCCUGGUGCUGCUGCCAGUUUUAUUAGAAGCCACCUCUUUGUCCAAGAUCCUCAAUAAGAGAGCUGUGGACGGUCUCAGCAUUGACUCUGUCAGAGCAAAUGACUUCCUGUCCAACCCCAGGACCAGACGCUCUGUCCCAAGUGACCCCAAGUGGUAUCGCAAAACCCCUGACUUCCAGUCCUACUACCGCUACUACAACAGCAUAGGCCACUAUGAGGGGCUAUACGAGAUUGACAAGAUCAGAAUCCUGUAUCAGCAGAUGCGUCACCUUGAACUGGAACACGGGCCAGACGCCUCCCAGUACCAGAACCUCCUGGGUGUUAAGGCAACACCCCCUCCCCCCACCCUUGCUCCCACCACUCCCCCUCCCCCCACCACCAUGCCACCACCAACCCUGCCGCCCUACUCCAACGCCCCCGUCAUGUACCUCUGCCACCCCAAGGACCCUCUGUGCAAACCCAACAUUGUGUACAUGCCCAUGGGCGCUGUGCCCAUUCUGUGUGACCCCCGCCACCACCCAGCCUGCAAGCCCACCAUAGUGGAGGGCACCUUGGAAGCGGACGUCCCGGCCGCACCCGUGGCCCCUAAAGUGCCUGAAGUCCUUGAGGACUCCGAGGAGGAGCCCGUCGCCCCGGCGCCCCAAAAGGUCGACACCCCCCUAGCUCCACCAGCCUUGAUCUUCAAAGGGAUGGAGUACGACUGUGACCCCUACUGGGACCCCGACUGCCUGAUCGAUAACCCACCCCGGCCCAUCCUUGAGAAAGCCGAGGCGGCCCCACCUGCCCCGGUUACAGAGGCCCCGCCACCUCCGCCCACUACCAGUUUGCGUGACUGGCCCAAUAUGGAGAAGGAGAACUUCCGGUAUGACUAG